AUGAAACCGAAGAUACAGGUUACAGACAAUGUCAAGAAAGAGCAAAAAAAGACAGCCUUUGUUACUACCUACUUGAUUCUAGCAGGACUGUCCCUGCUGAUUUCAAUACUGACAGUGAUUGAUCUGGACUGGGAAGAACACAUUUCCAUUCGUCGCGGUUUGUUGCUGUUCGUUAGCGGGCUGCUAUUCUUCACUUGCUUGUACCUUACCAUAAACACUCUUUUCCUCCACACCACCACUGGUCGAAAAAUCGUCAAGAGAUAUAAGCUUGAAUCUAGUGAUAUCUAUGAUAUCAGUAAUAAACAAGUAUCGGCCGUGCAAGCCCUCUUCUGCUGCCUCACCGGCCUUACCUCGAUUUGCUACUCCUGCAGCCGCAACAUCCUCAAAACGUCCCACUACAUCUCGGAGGCGUACGGCUGGUUCGGUGCCGCCUACUUCGCCUACGACAUCUGGUCGAUGUACGAGGUGUACACGGCGAAGCGCGACCUGAUUGGCGGGCGGUUCAAUAGGGCGGUAGGCGGGGACGGGUGGGCGGAGCGAGCGACCAAGUGGGCGGAGUAUCUGGUCGAUAACGCCGUUAUAGUGGGCCAUCACGUGUUCAUCGGUGGUUUCGGGUUUCUUGUCAUCACCUCUUUGAGAGGUGGCCUUGGAGACUGUUUCUUCGGUUUCAUCUACCUGAUGGAAGCCAGCACGCCUUUUGUAUCGCUGCGAGGUAUCCUAUCGAAAAUCGGAUUGAAGAACACCCCCAUCUACGUCAUCAACGGUCUCAUGAUGUUGGCGGCAUUUUUCGUGUGCAGAAUAGCCAUGUUCCCCUACGUCAUACACUUGUAUUCCAAGUCCAUUAAGGUCGACUUCAUAUCGGCACUCCAUACUCUUCCGAGAGGUUGUCUCAUAAGCAUAGCAAUUUUAUUGUUACCUCAAAUCUACUGGUUCUACUUGAUGUUGGUAGGUGCCACUAAGGUUCUGAAAAAGUCUGUGUCUAACAAUAACAAUUUGAGAAACUUCGAGCACAACUAA